GCAUUUUAGAAGCAAGCGUUUACUGUAGAAACAAAAACUAUAAACCCGAGCGUCUAUAUUGCGAUGAUGGCUGCUGCGGUUCCUGGCCCUAUGAAACGUGUUGCGAUGAGACCUAUUGGUACGGCUGGGCAGUGGUGGGUGGGGUAAUUGCUGCUAUAUUUAUCAUCGGUUUGAGUAUAUGUGGCGUCUGCUUACUUAUCAAGGUUAGAGGCAAGAAGGGUCGAUUGAUAAAUCCCUCCCAAAGUCAGAACCAUAUGUUGCCUGUUUAUGCUUCGACAAUCUCUCAAACGACACCAUAUCCAGUAGGCCAUGGUCACGUUACGACAAUCAUACAAAAUCCUUUAAUACUACCGGAAUUACCGCCGUCCUAUCAAACUUUAUAUGGACAUCAGCAUGACCAACAACAAUAUUGGCAGCAGCAACAAGAUCAACACCACCAUCACCACCAACAACAACAACCACCGAUUUUUCUACAUGAACGUCUUCCUCCGAUUCCGAUUGGCCUACGAGGCCAAGGAUAUACUCAAAUGUGAAACUAAUAACUGAACGUUUUCAUUGUUACAUUUUUUGGUUAUGCAAUGCCAGUUUCACCUGAUUUUGAGAUAUUUUAAAAUGUCAUUUUUUUGGUAUCAGAUGGUCUUUCGACAAAAAGUUAAAAUCAUCGUUCAGCAUUAAAUAUAUGCAUACACGUAUAUGCAUAACUUUAAAAGCGUUAAUUUUAAA